GGUCGCGGUAACCAUACUGUACUGUACGUCACGCAUGCGUCACUGCCAUCUAGCGGCAUGCUCUGUAAUCGUGUAUCACCUGCCUGCCUCUGUCUGACUCGCACGACAUUUCUCCGUCGCGCUCGCACCACUGGCACGUACAAUUAACCUCAAAGCGCUCUUUGCGUACACCAAAUCAUAAAAUACUGUCCUUCGAUGCAUUAAUAACAGUGACAUUGACUGUACAGACACAAAACUGAGUUGUGAACGUGACAUAACCUCGGUUCAAGCAAAAUUUUGCAGAACAGUGUCUAACAAAAGUGGUAUUGUUAAAAUCGAAAGUUUCCAGCGGACGAAUGUCCCUUUUCGUGGGCUGUCAACGGGCAGCCCAAAAUAUUUGUGGCAAAAUGUGGUGGUUUAUAUGUUUUUUAUGUGUUAUAAACGUUAAAACGUUUGGAGCUGCAGCGUCUAACAAUACCAACGUAGUAUCUGAAAAUGGCGCAUGUCCAAUGAAGCAAUUCCAGUGCGCGAACGGGAAAUGCAUACCGAUGACUUGGGUGUGCGAGGGAGACGACGACUGCGGCGAUAACUCUGAUGAAAGCAUAGAGGAAUGUAAAGGUAUGUAGGUGUUCUCAUUUUAA